UCUUGCAAACAAGCCCACAUUUUAAUCACAGUGACUAUCUAUCCUCUUAGAUUGGUGGGGCCUUGUGGUUUGCUUGAAUGCAGUUAUCUCUGUCCAUCCAGAUGGCGAGGAAGCUCAGUGUACUGGAAGUCCUUCUGAUCAUAUUCUUCCUAAUUGUAUUGGUCCUGGAUAUCUUCUUGCUGCUGCUUCUGUUGGAGAAAUCGUCAGAUACUUCGUUUACUCCAGAGUGCCCAGAAAUCUCCGAAUCAGAAAGGAUAGACUGCACACCUGGUCAGGUGGUGACAGAGGAUGUCUGCACACAGCAGUAUAAGUGCUGCUGGGAGGCUGAGGCAGAUGCCAACAUCCCUUCAUGCUUCUUCCCCAGGAACUGGGGCUAUGAAGUCAUCGAUGGCUCAGAUACAAGCACAGGGCUUACUGCCCAGUUGCAAAGGUUGCCAUCUCCAUCUCUGUUUGGAAAUGAUAUCAACAACACUCUCUUCACAGCUGAAUUUCAGACAUCCAAUCGGUUGCAUUUUAAGAUCACGGAUCUCAAUAAUGUGCGCUAUGAAGUCCCCCAUGAAAAUGUGCAGCUGGUUAAUGCGACCGCUGAUAUCUCCAAUUUGAGCUAUCACAUAAACGUCACCAACACACCCUUCAGCAUCAAAAUAAUGAGGAUGAGCAACCAAAGAGUCUUGCUGGACACGAGCAUCGGGCCCCUCCAGUUCGCCGAGCAGUACUUGCAGCUGUCUUUCCGACUGCCCAGUGCCAACGUGUAUGGGCUGGGAGAACACGUGCACCAGCAGUACCGCCACAAUAUGUCCUGGAAGACCUGGCCCAUCUUCACCCGGGACACCACCCCCACUGAGGGCAUGAUUAAUCUGUAUGGAGCUCAUACAUUCUUCUUGUGCCUUGAAGACACCACUGGCUUCUCUUUUGGAGUUUUUCUGAUGAACAGUAAUGCCAUGGAGGUCACCCUUCAGCCUGCUCCUGCAAUCACUUACCGCACAAUUGGGGGUGUUCUUGACUUUUAUGUAUUCCUGGGAAACACUCCAGAACAAGUGGUUCAGGAAUACCUGGAGGUUGUUGGACGACCAUUCUUGCCUUCCUACUGGAGUCUUGGGUUCCAGCUCAGUCGCAGGGGUUAUGGUAACAUCAGUGGAUUGAGAGAGGUUGUAAACCGCAAUCGUUUAGCUGAGAUCCCAUAUGAUGUCCAGUACUCUGACAUAGACUACAUGGAUGGAAAGAAGGAUUUCACUGUUGACCAAGUGGCUUACCCUGGUCUCUCAGAUUUUGCCAAGGAACUACAUGACAAUGGACAGAAAUAUGUAAUUAUGACGAAUCCUGGCAUCUUCAAAGACUCUGAGUAUGACCCUUAUGAUGAAGGAAGCCGAAAAAGAAUAUGGAUCUUGGGGAAUAAUGGCUUUGCCGUUGGGGAGGGAUACCCCGGACAGACAGUCUUUCCUGAUUACAGCAACCCAGCAUGCACUCAGUGGUGGGCAGACCAGUUUGCUAAGUUUCAUAAUAAUCUGGAAUUUGAUGGAGUAUGGAUUGAAAUGGAUGAAGUAUCUAGCUUACUCCAAGUUUCUGAUCAGGAGUGUGAAUCAAACAACUUUAACUUUCCUCCUUUUACUCCCAGUGUUCUGGACAACUUGCUUUUUGCAAGCACCCUCUGCAUGGACACAGAGUUUCACUCGGGUUUUCACUAUGACGUCCACAGCUUGUAUGGAUACACCAUGGCAAGAGCCACAGACUCGGCCCUGGAGAAUAUCUUUGUCAAUAAUAGGAGCUUCAUCUUAUCUCGUUCCACUUUUGCUGGAUCUGGAAAAUUUGCUGCUCAUUGGUUGGGGGACAAUGCAGCCACAUGGGAUGACCUUCGAUGGUCCAUCCCCAGUAUCCUUGAGUUCAACCUGUUUGGCAUCCCCAUGGUAGGUGCCAACAUCUGUGGUUAUACAGAAAAUGUCACAGAGGAGCUCUGCAGAAGGUGGAUGCAGCUUGGAGCAUUUUAUCCACUAUCGAGGAAUCACAAUGGGCCUGGGUUUAGGGACCAGGACCCUGCCGCCUUUGGUGCUGACUCACUGCUGUUGAAUUCCUCCAGACACUAUCUGAACAUCCGCUACACCUUGCUGCCCUACCUGUACACCCUCUUCUACCGCGCUCACACGCAGGGGGAGACUGUAGCAAGGCCCCUUGUCCACGAGUUCUACCAGGACUCAGCCACGUGGGAGGUGCACGAGCAGUUCUUAUGGGGGCCUGGGCUCCUCAUCACACCUGUUUUAUAUGAAGAUGUGGACCAAGUGAAUGCAUAUAUACCGGACGCCACCUGGUACGACUACGACACAGGAGUGGCCAUCCCCUGGAGGAAACAAUGGGUGAAUAUGGUACUCCCAGGUGAUAAGAUAGGACUUCACCUUCGAGGGGGCUACAUAUUUCCCACCCAGCAGCCAGACACAACCACAGAGGCCAGCCGGAAGAAGUCCCUGGGACUCAUUAUUGCCUUGGACUACAAGAGAGAAGCCCAGGGGGAGCUGUACUGGGAUGAUGGUGUAUCUAAAGAUGCUGUAACUGAGAAGAAAUACAUUCUGUAUCAUUUCUCCGUUGCCUCUAACCGUCUAGAGGCAAAGAUUACAAAUAAUAAUUAUACAGAUCCUGACAACCUCAUGUUUACGUAUAUCACAAUUCUGGGAAUGGACAAGCAGCCGGCCAAUUUUACUGUCUUAGUGAAUAAUGCCACCACUUCGGAUCCAAGCGUUGCCUACAGUGAUUCCACAAAGGUGGUGACCAUCACCAAUCUCCAGGAACUAGUGCUGGGACAAGAAUUCUCUAUCGAGUGGAACCUUCCAGUCAGUGACCUGGAGAAGUUCAACUGUUACCCUGAAGAUCCUGCUCCCUCGGAGGAAAGUUGCAGGCAGCGGGGGUGCCUGUGGGAGCUCACGACGACUCCUGGCGUGCCCACCUGUUACUAUGACACCAUCCCUGCUUAUGCUGCUAGUAACAUUCAGUACCUGUCCACCGGCAUCACUGCAGACCUUGGUGCACUGCCCCGAUCCACAUCGGCAGCAGCGGCUGCUGCCUCUGAUUUUCUCUCUGCAAAGAUCAGCUCCCUCCAACUGCACAUUACCUACCACACAGAAGACAUGCUUCAGGUCAAGAUCUAUGACACCACUAAUGAAAGGUAUGAGGUCCCAGUACCUCUGAACACCCCUUCCUCACCAGUUGACCACCCUGAAAACUGUCUGUAUGAUGUUAUAAUGCAGAACAAUCCAUUUGGAAUCCAGAUUCAACGCAAAAGCUCUGGCACUGUGAUCUGGGACUCACAGCUCCCUGGCUUCACCUUCAACGACAUGUUCCUCUCCAUCUCCACUCGCCUCCCCUCUCAGUACGUCUAUGGCUUUGGGGAAACUGAGCACACAGCUUUCAGAAGAAACAUGAGCUGGAACAUGUGGGGAAUGUUUGCUCGUGAUGAGCCACCAGCGUACAAGAAGAACUCCUACGGUGUCCACCCCUACUACAUGGCACUGGAGGAGGAUGGCAGUGCCCAUGGGGUGCUCUUGCUGAACAGCAAUGCCAUGGAUGUAUCAUUACAGCCCACUCCUGCCCUGACAUACCGUACUAUAGGAGGGAUUUUGGACUUUUAUGUGGUUUUGGGACCAACUCCUGAACUUGUAACACAGCAAUACACCAAGUUGAUUGGUCGGCCAGCGAUGAUUCCAUACUGGGCCUUGGGAUUCCAGCUGAGUCGCUAUGGAUACCAGAAUGAUACUGAAAUCUCCGAUUUGUAUGAUGCAAUGGUGGCAGCCCAGAUUCCCUAUGAUGUCCAGCAUGUAGACAUCGAUUACAUGGACCGGAAGCUGGACUUCACCCUCAGCUCCAGCUUCCAAAACCUCAGUCUCCUGAUUGAGCAAAUGAAGACAAAUGGCAUGAGAUUUAUUCUCAUUCUGGACCCAGCCAUUUCUGGUAAUGAGACACAGUACCUCCCAUUCAUUAGAGGACAAGAAAACGAUGUGUUCAUCAAAUGGCCUGACACCGAUGACAUUGUCUGGGGAAAGGUUUGGCCAGAGCUACCUGAUGUAAUUGUGAAAGGAUCCCUUGACCAUGAAACUCAGGUUGAGCUGUACAGGGCCUACGUUGCUUUCCCUGACUUCUUGCGUAAUAGCACAGCUGCGUGGUGGAAGACAGAGAUACAAGAGCUCUAUGAAAACCCUCGAGAGCCAGAGAAGAGCUUGAAGUUUGACGGAUUGUGGAUUGAUAUGAAUGAGCCAUCAAACUUUGUGAACGGAUCUGUCAGAGGCUGCAGUGAUGAAAUUCUUAAUAACCCACCCUAUGUGCCAUAUUUAGAGUCCUGGGACAGUGGCCUGAGCAGCAAGACCCUGUGCAUGGAGAGCCAGCAGAUCCUGCCAGACGGCUCCUCAGUGCAGCACUACAACGUGCACAGCCUGUACGGGUGGUCCCAGACCAGACCCACGUACGAAGCUGUGCAGGAGGUGACAGGACAGCGAGGGGUCAUCAUCACCCGCUCCACAUUCCCGUCUUCUGGCCGCUGGGCAGGACACUGGCUGGGAGACAACACAGCUGCCUGGGACCAGCUGGGGAAAUCUAUCAUUGGCAUGAUGGAGUUCAGUCUCUUCGGAAUACCGUAUACAGGAGCAGAUAUUUGUGGGUUCUUUGGAGACGCUGACUAUGAGAUGUGUGUUCGCUGGAUGCAACUGGGGGCCUUUUAUCCAUUUUCCAGGAACCACAACAGCAUCGGGACAAGGAGACAGGAUCCCGUGGCCUGGAAUUCAACCUUUGAGAUGUACUCCAGAAAAGUCCUCCAGACCAGAUACACACUGCUGCCCUAUCUCUAUACUCUGAUGCACAAAGCUCACGUGGAGGGCAGCACUGUCGUCCGGCCCCUACUCCACGAGUUUACAGAUGACAUCACGACAUGGGAUAUAGACCGUCAGUUCAUGCUGGGCCCUGCCAUCCUAAUCAGCCCUGUGCUGGAAAGUAACACUUUUGAGGUCCGUGCUUAUUUUCCUAAAGCCCGUUGGUAUGACUAUAGCCUGGAAUCUGGCAACAAAUCCACAGGUGAGUGGAGAACCCUGGAGGCUCCCCUCGACCACAUCAACCUUCACAUCAGGGGAGGCUACAUCCUGCCUUGGCAAGAGCCUGCAAUGAACACGUAUUCCAGUCGUCAACAGUUUAUGGGAUUGACUGUUGCUUUGGAUGACAAUGGGGAAGCUGAAGGUCAGAUGUUCUGGGAUGAUGGACAAAGCAUUGAUACCUAUGAAAAUGGAAGUUAUUUCUUGGCAAACUUUACAGCAGCUCAGAACAUCCUGCAAAUCCAGACCAUACACAAUGAGUAUUUGAGUGACUCAAAUCCAUUGAAAGUUGGCUAUAUUAGAAUCUUGGGUAUAAACUCUACUUAUGUGACAGAAGUCUAUUUCACCUAUGACAACCAGCAACUUACGGAGACAAAUUUCACGAGUGAUCCUUAUAACCAGACACUAACUAUUCAAUUGACUGACAAGAUUAUCAGCCUGGAAAAGCUAACUGAGGUUGUUUGGAUUCAUGGUGAUCCUAUAGUUCCUACUCCAGCUAUGACAAGUACCUCCCCGAUGAGUUCUCAUCCUUCUGUGUCUACUACUCAGGCUACCAGUUCUGAGACUAUCACUAGUUUUGCUAGGACAAGUACUACUGCUAGCACUAGUGCUACUGUUCCCGUCACAACCACUCCUUUCCCAACAAGUACUAUUGACGUUAUAACUAGUACUACUCUUCCUGAUACAACUACUCCUUCCCCUACAAGUACUACUACUGCUAGCACUAGUGCUACUGUUCCCAUCACAACCUCUUCUUUCCCAACAAGUACUAUUGACGUUAUAACUAGUACUACUCUUCCUGAUACAACUACUCCUUCCCCUACAAGUACUACUACUGCUAGCACUAGUGCCACUGUUCCCAUCACAACCACUCCUUUCCCAACAAGUACUAUUGAUGUUAUAACUAGUACUACUCUUCCUGAGACAACUACUCCUUCCCCUACAAGUACUACUACUGCUAGCACUAGUGCUACUGUUCCUGUCACAACCACUCCUUUCCCAACAAGUACUAUUGACGUUAUAACUAGUACUACUCUUCCUGAGACAACUACUCCUUCCCCUACAAGUACUAUGACAGCUAGCACUAGUGCUACUGUUCCUAUGACAACCAUUCCUUUCCCAACAAGUACUAUUGACGUUAUAACUAGUACUACUCUUCCUGAUACAACUACUCCUUCCCCCACAAGUACUACUACUGCUAGCACUAGUGCUACUGUUCCUAUCACAACCUCUCCUUUCCCAACAAGUACUAUUGAUGUUAUAACUAGUACUACUCUUCCUGAGACAACUACUCCUUCCCCUACAAGUACUAUGACAGCUAGCACUAGUGCUACUGUUCCUAUGACAACCAUUCCUUUCCCAACAAGUACUAUUGACGUUAUAACUAGUACUACUCUUCCUGAUACAACUACUCCUUCCCCUACAAGUACUAUGACAGCUAGCACUAGUGCUACUGUUCCUAUGACAACCAUUCCUUUCCCAACAAGUACUAUUGACGUUAUAACUAGUACUACUCUUCCUGAGACAACUACUCCUUCCCCUACAAGUACUAUGACAGCUAGCACUAGUGCUACUGUUCCUAUGACAACCAUUCCUUUCCCAACAAGUACUAUUGAUGUUAUAACUAGUACUACUCUUCCUGAUACAACUACUCCUUCCCCCACAAGUACUACUACUGCUAGCACUAGUGCUACUGUUCCUAUCACAACCUCUCCUUUCCCAACAAGUACUAUUGAUGUUAUAACUAGUACUACUCUUCCUGAUACAACUACUCCUUCCCCUACAAGUACUAUGACAGCUAGCACUAGUGCUACUGUUCCUAUGACAACCAUUCCUUUCCCAACAAGUACUAUUGAUGUUAUAACUAGUACUACUCUUCCUGAUACAACUACUCCUUCCCCUACAAGUACUAUGACAGCUAGCACUAGUGCUACUGUUCCUAUGACAACCAUUCCUUUCCCAACAAGUACUAUUGAUGUUAUAACUAGUACUACUCUUCCUGAUACAACUACUCCUUCCCCCACAAGUACUACUACUGCUAGCACUAGUGCUACUGUUCCUAUCACAACCUCUCCUUUCCCAACAAGUACUAUUGAUGUUAUAACUAGUACUACUCUUCCUGAUACAACUACUCCUUCCCCUAUAAGUACUACUACUGCUAGCACUAGUGCUACUGUUCCUCUCACAACCACUCCUUUCCCAACAAGUACUAUUGAUGUUAUAACUAGUACUACUCUUCCUGAUACAACUACUCCUUCCCCCACAAGUACUACUACUGCUAGCACUAGUGCUACUGUUCCUAUGACAACCAUUCCUUUCCCAACAAGUACUAUUGAUGUUAUAACUAGUACUACUCUUUCUGAUACAACUACUCCUUCCCCUACAAGUACUACUACUGCUACCACUAGUGCUGUUUAUACUACAGCCAUAUCUUCUCCUACUGCUGAUGAUAACACUAGUACUACUACUCCUAAUACAACUAUGCCUUCCCCUACAAGUAUUACUACUGUUAGAACUGUUUCAAUCUCUCCUUUUCUGACAAGUAUUGCUGAUGCUAGCAUUAGUACUACUGCUCUUAACACCCCUACUCCUUCCCUAACAAAUACUACUGAUGUUAGCAAUAGUACUACUAUUUCUAAUAUAACUACUCCUUUUCCGACAAAUACUACUAAUGCCAACACUAGUACUAAUGUUUCUUUUGAUACUACUAGCAAUAGUUUUUCUAUUAUAACUACCUCUUUAUCUGAAAUUACUAAUGCUAUGAACACUACUAUUGUUAUGGUGACAACUACUUCUGUAAAUAAUGUUGCUAGCACUAGUAAUGAUGCUUCUGUUAUAAAUCCUCUUUCACCUACAAUGUCUGGUGGUGAAAGUACUAAUAAUAGUAUUUCUAUAAGUACUGCUAGCACUGGUAAUAUUGUUGCUAUUGUGACUACUCCUUCUCCAAGUACUGAUGCUAUUGGCACAAGUAAUACUAUUCCUGUCAUGCCUACUUGUUACAAAACUCCCACCAUUCCGACUCCUACUCUUACUUGUACUCCUAACUCUACUACUCCUAUUUUGAGCAUAUUUCCAACAAAUAAUACAUUCACUACUGAUAUAAUUACUAAUUUUACUACCCUUACUAAUGCAAACAUCACUAAUUUCAACACCCUUGAUACAAAAAGUACCACAAUAAUAGAUGCUACUGUUGCGACUACCAGCACCAAAGAUAACAUCACUAGUGUAGAUACAGCAGUUACUUCAACAGACAAAUUCAUUGCACGUACUGAACCUGCUGCAACAGAUUUUAUAAGCACUUUAUCACCAGAAGGUUCAACUACUACCUCCCUUAGAACUACUAAUACUGCAAUGUUAACUUCUAUAAAUCUGGGCCAUGGAACCUCUCCCAUCAUAACAAAUUCAACAAGAAACCUCACUACAGACAGUACAGCUACUAGUACUCUUAGCUCCACAGAUACUAUGUUUUCUGUAGCAACUGCUACAGAUACACUACUAUCCACUACACAAGACUUUACUUCCUUUCCCCCUACCACUGCAGGUGUUCAAAAUGCUACCACACACACCACACAGUUCUCUACUCCUCAUUCUGCUACUACCAUACGAGCCUUAAGCCACAUGACAUUAAUUCCUACAAUUUUUUCUACUCUGGGCACCAUUGAUAUCACUGAUGCAGAUAACUCCAGCAGCAUUACAGGUAACACUACACACAUUUCUAUUCCCAACAUCAAAACAGCUUUAGACAUGAUAACAAUGGCUGGUCUAGACACAGAAAAUCACCAUCUGAUAACAGCAAAUUCUUUGGAUAAUGAUUUACCUAUUACUGCAACUAGUGCUACCACAGAUAUUACAAAUAGUACCAUAUAUGCUUUAAAUACUACCACUCCUGAUGGAACAACAAUGGGUACUUCUGCUACUGCAUCUACUUCUAGUGCCCUAAAUUCUACUCUAGUUCCAUGAUUACUACUCAAGGCAGGAUAAUUACCUCAGAUAGCUCUUUAAGACAACUAUGACAGAUUAGAAUAUCAGUUAAGAGAUAUUCUGUCUUAUGCUACCUAAGUUUUCACAAUUAUUAGUACUCUAGCCACAACAGAUAUGGCUACUCCAGGCACAAUAGAUGUUGCAGAUAUGUUUAGAGAUGCAUCCAUUACAAACUGUGGAUACUUAUUGUGCAGCAGAAUAUGUACUACUGUUCUUUAAGUUAUAGUUAUUCCUGUAGCCCAUCAAUUAAACUACAGAUAAUUUAUAUGUACUUGCUACAGAUGUCACAGGUUAUCUUGGUGUCUCAGAUAACAUCAUGUUAGGCCCUGUAACUACUAUUUCCUUAGAUGUAGUUAUUGAAAUAGCCCAACUUGUUUCUUAGUUUAUAGGAUAUAGUACCCAUAACUGAGAGCACUGGCGAUACUCCUGGCAUUCCAGUGACCUCUAUAACAACAGGUAUUACAGUAGAGGACUUAAUUAGUAAUGCUAAAAGUUUCACUUUAUUUUCCUGUGGACUUUUCUAAAUACUAUGGCUACCAAUAUAGUCAUUUGCUACUUACACAAACUAAAAGUAUUAUUGCUCCUGAAGAGAUCCUAGCUCUAGCUACAGAUAUAGAUUUUUCUACCAUUGGAGAUCUUGUAUAUACCUUGACUUCAGGCACUGAAGUAACUAAAUUGGAAAUAUUACAUGUUAGUUUUACUAUCAUGUAAUAAAAAUAUGAAAAUAAAAAUAUGAUUAUAGAUGUUAAAAGCAUGAGUUCCAAAACUUUGCAACCAUCAUUUCCAUAGGGAAUACCAAUAUUCUUACUACAGAUUUGUUAAGUACUUGUAUUUACUUCCAGAAAAUUAGAAUUAAUCUUAAUUAUGAGAUAGUCUUAGGCCCUUGCUGUUACCACCAAUGAUUGACUCUGACGCCAGUAUAAACCAGAAAUCAUCCAGACAGAGAUGAGCAUGUAAAGAUAGCAUGGGAAAGACAGUCUCUGCCCUAGAAUCAGAGUUCAUAAUCUUGUUUGCUUUUUCUUUUCAUCUACCAGCUUUUCCCUUAUUAUUUCACUGUCCAGACUCUCCGUUGGUGUGUUAGGGCUUUCAUCAUGUUCUUGGUCUUUCAUACCCAAAUUCACCAUCUAUCCUUGACCUAUUACUUCCUUAGAUCAUCCAGCCCUCCAUGAGUAGACUUAUGAUCAUUACCAAAUCUAUCCAAUUGGGUGCUAUUGAAGGCUUAACCCUAGGACAGUAUUCUCAAAGUUUAGUUUAGGGAUCCAUGGGGUGGAUCUUUUGGGGGCACAGAGUUCAUAUCUGUUUUCAUGAUAAUACUAACUUAUUAUUGGUUUUUUCACUCCCACACUCUCUCACUAGUAUACAGUGGCAUUUUCCAGAGUCUCUAUGCUGUGUGGUAUCACAAUAGAUGAAUAUAGAAACUAAUGUAAGAAUCUAGCUGUCAUCUGUUAAGCCAGACAUUAAAGAGAUUUAUAAAAUGUAAAAUAAUGCCAUUCUUCUUAUACUGAUUACUUUGCUUUGGAAAAUACAG